AUGUAUAUAGAUUUAUCCUUCGCAGAUCCAUAUAUUAUAUCGUAGGAAAUGAUGAUGACACGAUUAAAAUUUCUGUUUUCAGUUCCGCCCGAUAUUUUAGAUUAUAUGUCAAGCACGGACAUGAUAGUCAGAGAAGGCAGCAACGUGACAUUACGUUGCAUUGCUAAAGGAUCUCCACCACCAAUUACUUUAUGGAAGCGAGAAGAUGGAAAGACUAUAUUUUUCGAAAAUGGAGAAAAAGAGACAGUUGUCAACGGUCCGAUCUUCAAUAUCUCUAAGAUAAAUCGAUUGCAUAUGGGUCCGUAUUUGUGCAUAGCUUCGAACGGUAUACCACCUAGCGUCAGUAAAAGAAUAACGCUUACGGUGCAAUUUAGUCCAAUGAUUUCAAUUCAAAAUCAAUUGGUCGGAGCGCAAGAGGGACAAAGAAUGACUUUGGAAUGUAACUCGGAAGCGUUUCCACAAUCGAUCAAUUAUUGGACGAAGGAAAACAACGAGAUUAUAAAAAAUGGAGAUAAAUAUAACCAAUCAUUCACGAGUAACGCGUACAAAGUACAUAUGAAACUCACGAUAUUAGCGGUGGAAAUGUCCGAUUAUGGAACUUAUAAAUGCAUAUCAAAAAAUUCUUUGGGGGAAACAGACGGCAGUAUUAAACUUUAUCAUAUUCCGACACCAACGACACAGCCGAGAACCACGACUACUACUACUCCAGUUCCUACUACUAGCGAAGAAGUUGAAAAUAUUCAAAAUUCACGACAAAGACCAGAAUCCAGUGCGGACCCUAGUGCGUAUCAAAUAACUGAUUCAUCGUUGCCUAAUGUCGAACAUAGAAUCGAUAAUAUAGAGUUUCAUGGAAGGGCGAGCAGCGAUAGUUACAACGAUGCUGAAAACGUUACAACAACAAAUGGACGAAAAAGCAUCGAUAGCGAAAUACAACCACGAAGAAUCGAUAACACGGCGCAAUCGAUGUCAUCCAGGGAUUCUAAUUCGAAUUUUCAAGUACAAACUACAAUGGCCAUUUGCAUAAUCCUACUAUCCGCCCUAUCGUAGUCACGUUAGUGUUUACCAAUGAAAAGAACGAUUAUUCGAGAAAAAUCCUUCGGGGAUCAAGAUUCGUCCCCAUUUAUCUCCGCGAAAGGGAUCAAUUAACGGAUGAUGUGCUUCGAUGUUACAAAUUUAUCGACAACCAUUGCCUUCGCUGUCGUUUUAAUCAAGAUCAAUGAAUUAAUUUUUUUUUCUCCUUCAAACUUUGCGAUAAAGUUUGCCAAAUU